AUGCUGCUAGAAAACAUAAAGGAAAAGAAAAUGAGACAAUUGAAAGAAACUUCUGAAGAACGUAAAAAAUAUCUUGAAUACGAUCGUAAAUAUCAACAAAAAAAAUUAAAGAUGGAAACUGCUAAGGAACAUAAAGAGCAUCUAAGAUGCCAGUGUGAAAGAAUAAGCCAAAAAAGAACAUUAGAAGCUGCAAAUCAAAGAACGAAUCAAAAUUCUGAUCAACAGCAAAGUUUUCAACAAUCCCCUAUAACUGAAUUCGAUGCAACUAAACUUGACAUGUAUGAAAGUAAUGAAAUUGAGCUUAAUGCAACUGAACUUAAGAUUAUAGACAAUGUGACUCUGAAUGAAAAACAGAAUAGAAUUUUUAAGAGAAUCAAGUCACAUUACCAUAGCAUACUUAGUGGUCUUCAUGCUGAACUGUUAAGGAUUAUAGUUAUGGGAACAGCAG